GAAAUCCCUUCUUCCUGGAAACCCUUAGGUCUGUUCUACUAUCUCCCUUCCUACAAUCUUCUAACUCAUCGAUUUUGUAUAUGGAUUUCAGAAGCAAAUCAUCAUCAUCAUCAUCUGCUCACGAUUCCAAAACCCUUCUUUUCAUUGUUUCUCGUCUUUCGAUGCCCCAACCCGCUAAUCUUUCUAUUCGAUUCACGCCGUGGCUACCCAAACUCCGCUAAUAACCAGGAAAAGAGAACAAGACAACAGUUUUUUCUUUUCCGGACUUCCUGACACACUCCAAACAGACAUUUCAAACUUUUCUAAUUGAUAUGGAAACUUCAUCCGGUCGGGCCAAAACAAGCGGGUGGGCUGCAUUUGGUCUUAAGCAGCAGCAGCGUCAGCUCGCAGUUGAUGAUGACCCGUACCCACCUAUAUCAGGGGCCCCAUCUCCAAUUAGGAAUAAUCUGAGAAAUCAUAGGCCAAUCUCUUCAAUUUCCCCUUCUGUGAAAUCUCCAUCUCUAUCGAAUAAUAGAGAGCUUAAGAAACCGCUACUUGCUGCCAGUUGUAGUAGUACAAUUGCGAGCAAUGAGAAAACUAAUGAGUAUGAAAAGCUUAAAGAGAACUUUUCCUGGGUCGAUAAAAGCUUGCUUGAUGAUGUUCUAGCUACUGUAGAGUAUGACGUUGAUCAGGCCUAUGCUUCACUCAAUGCGAUGUUCGAUUCUGUUAACGACGGAAAAAUAAAUAUUAACCAAGCAAUCAAACCUGAAUCUUUCGGAGAGUCCAUUGAUCUUGAAAAGAAGAAUGAUGAUGAUAGUGGUAGUUCGAAGUUGUUUUUUGCAAGAUGGGACUCAAUACCUAUCGAGCCUGAAUGGGAAGAGGAUGAUAUAUACUACGUACAUCGGAAAGAUGCAAUGAAGAUGAUGAGAUCAGCUUCUCAGCACUCUAAGGCUGCCCAAAAUGCCUAUCUAAGGGGCGAUCAUAUCUUGGCACAACAACUUUCAUUGAAGGCAAAGGAAGAAUGGAUGGCUUCUAAAAGUCUCAAUAACAAUGCAGCAAAAGAAAUACUGAACAUUAGAAAUAAGGAAAAUAACUUGUGGAAAAUAGAUUUGCACGGUCUUCAUGCCUCAGAAGCUGUUGAAGCCGUGGAAGAUCGAUUGAAAGGACUCGAAUCUCAUAAUCUUCCAUUGAGUCACUCUGUAUCACUCAAUGAUAUAAGCCAAGCAGGAGAAGAAUUAGGGUUGGAUUCUGCAUCUACUGAAUUUGCACGUCAUACAAGGGUAAAGAAGUUGUAUGAACUUAAUGAAUCUUCCAGCCUGAACAGACCUACAACGUUACAUGUCAUUACAGGCAAAGGUAGUCACAGUCGCGGGGAAGCAUCUAUUCCAAUUGCAGUCAGAAACUUCCUUAAUGAUAAUGGGUAUCGUUAUGAUGAUACACGGCCAGGUAUGAUGACAGUAUGGCCCAAGAUUCAUCGCCAAAGAAAACGUUGUGACAGAGUGUUGAUCGGUUUUGACAAUAGAAGAUAAAGUGCUGCUGGUGCAGUUAUUGAUGAACAAGAAUGAUUAUUAUUAUUAUCAUCUUAAAAAAUGAUGUGUAACAUAUUAUUUUCAAUGUAUCUUAGAGGGAAUUUCUCUUUUGUUUUAUAACCAUUGAAUUGACAAUAAUUUAUUAAUAUAUGUUUAAUUAAGUUAUGUAUGUGUUUUUAGAUA